CUCGUUCGCUAAUAUGCUGCCCAUUGCUGUCACUCCGGGCCCCAUCCUGCCGUGGGUUCUGGUGGUUCUCGACGCUCAGCGGAAGUACCAUGUCGGCUGUGGUGGCAGACGAUUCGGUUUGGUAGUGGAGUCGUGGGAAAAUAUGGUCGUGGGAACAUCGGUCCGUUUGGAAAAGCUGAAGGCACAGGGUUACUCGAUCGAAUGCGGUUGGUGCGGGGCGAUGGUAGGCGGGGUAGUGGUAGGUGGGCGAUAUCUCCGUAGCUCCCAGUCCUCAUCUCGACGCUUCUCGUCGUCCUUCUUGUGAUCGAUGAAUGCUUUGGUAUCAACGUGCGGCCGUCGAAGUGACUUCUUUCUCCUCUUUGUUCGCCAGCCUGUACGUGAUGACCCCGCCGGUGGUAGCUCGGAAUACACGUAAAGAUCUCAACAAUUCACCCUGGUACUCACGUUCAGCGCCUAGCGCUGAACGUCGGUGCGCCAGGACACGGACCCGCUGGGACACCGGUGAGCGCUUCCGCCGACGUUGGCGGCCCAUGCACCGACUGAUUUUGAGAAAUGAGAAAUGGGAAAGAUUUGAAGAGGAUCUGAACGAUUUAUUGAACUUAUCAACACACCCCCUGCGGGUGGCGUAACGGAUGCACCUGCAAAAAACCUAGCACGAUCAUCCAGAACGCGCGUGGCUGUUGGGGUCGGGGCGGCGUACUGCUGUUGUUGCGUUUGUAGGUUUGAGGGAGCGGUGUCGGUGGUGGGGAGUUGAUAGGUGGCGGGUGUGGAGGUCGGGUUGGAAGAAGGAAUGGUGGCUUCGUCGGUGGCGGUGGUGUCCACGUCGGCGAGAUCUUGGUCGAGGAAGGAAAUGCGGCCGAGCCGAGCCGCUGCCGCUCGGUGGUGUCGAGGUUACCCGUGAGAUGCUUGUAGCGCGCCCAAAUAUGUUCAAUUUCGCAACGAUUGCCAGGUGGAAUCAAACCGAGAUUGGUGG